UGUCAAAAGAUAUAUUUUGAGGUUAUAAAAUAAUAAAUAUUUGUUUAAUUGUGCGUGUUCCCGCUUGUUUUGUUUUAAAACAUUUACCACUCAUCUAUUAGUUACAUGAGCUUUAUUCGCAUAUCGACAUGCUACUAAAUGACGCACAAACCUUAUUCAGUCAACAAGGUGGAUUUUCAUAUUGGCGAAAUACUAAUGCACCGAUUAAGAGACUACGUUGUACGAGACAGAACUCAUACUGCCAGCUUCUUCCACAGAGCGAACAGGACGAACUCGUUAGAGACACUCCCAUAUUCACGUGCAAGUUUUCCCCACAAGAAGGGAAUGAACAUUUUCUGGCCCUAGCAAAUGAAGAUGGAAAAUUAGCUGUUCAGGAUAUUCAAAGUAAAGAAAGAUAUGGUGUACACGCACAUAACAAUGCAAUCUUCGAUCUGGCAUGGAUGUUCGACAGAAUGAAACUUGUAACCGCUUCAGGCGAUCACACUUCAAAGAUGUACGAUAUUGGAAACGGAGAAAUCACAGCUGAAAGGAUGUUCUGUGGCCAUACGAGAUCAGUUAAAACGGUUGCCUUCCGUAAAGACGACUCUAACGUAUUUGCAACAGGCGGCAGAGAUGGAAAUAUAAUUCUAUGGGAUACAAGAACAGAAACCAACAGCUUCAUUGGUAGGGCAGAUGGAAUAAUAAGCAACUCACAUACAUCCAGGGUGUUCACGCCUAGCAAAUCAAGAAAAAAAUUCAGCACUCCUACAAACUCGGGGACCAAAUCUGUCACAGGGUUAGUAUUCCAGGAGACGAAUACUCUGAUUUCUUGUGGGGCUGGAGAUGGGAUCCUGAAAAUAUGGGAUCUUCGUAAGAACUAUACCAUCCAUAAGAGGGAAGCUGCUCCAAAAACCACCAUCCCCUAUCCAGGCAUCAGUGCUAAAAACGGAUAUAGCAGCAUCAUCAUUGAUAAUGAAGGAAUUAAGUUAUAUGCAAACUGUCUGGAUAACACUAUAUAUUGCUACAAUGUAGGAGCUUACUCCAAUGAACCUGUUAUGAGAUACACAGGCCACCAAAAUAACACCUUCUAUGUAAAGUCUUCCCUUUCAAAGAACAGUUCACACUUGAUAAGCGGAAGUAGUGACGAGAAUGCUUACAUCUGGGACACCAAGUUGUCUAGGCCAAUUGUUAAACUAACGGGACAUUCAGCAGAAGUUACUUGUGUUUCCUGGUGCUCCAAAGAUUUUCACAUAAUAACCUGCUCUGACGAUAUGACCCAUAAACUAUGGACUGUUGAACCCGAGGAACUGCCUGAGGAUUGGGAAGUAAACGGUAGAGGAGAAGCAGAAGUAUUGCCAUUAAACGAGUGUGGUAAGUGUUCAAAUUCAGGAUCAGAGUGGGAUUAUGGAUCUCUUACACCUAGGAAGCUGAAUUCUGAGUGCAGUAGUUGUCAUAAAACGAUGACUGCUACCAGGUGUUGUGAAAAUUGUGGCAGUAAAGUAUCAAAACGCAAGAGUAUUUUCAGACAGGAGAGUGCUAACAAAGUUUUCCACACAGAAUUCGGCCCUAGAAGAUUGUUUCCUCCCUUGAACAAUCUGCAAAAUUUGAACACUGAAAAUUUGGCCAAGUCAUUGGAAAAUGGUAAUUCUUCAGAAUGUACGGAAGAUUAUGAACCGCCAACAAAAAUGCGAAAAUUAUCGGAUGCCUCUAAUGCAAAUUGCCAACUAAGCUCGCUCAGUGAUAGUUGUGAAUCCACCGAAGAAUCUUGGCACCAUAGAGAACUUCCUGCCAGCUCAACCGAUGAAAAUUUUGAACCACCUACAAAGUUACCGAGGUUGGAAAUCAUUUCUGAAGAGAGCGAAGUUAAUUGCACCUCAUCACCUACAAUAAACUUACCUAAUUUCGUGGUGGAUGGAAGUGCACCCCACUUGACAUACUCCCCUCCCAAAAAGAAGUCUCAGGAUUGGUUGACAAGGAUUCGAAUAGAAAAAAUGCUCCGUCAGGAGAUGUAUGAUAAGACUGUAGGUGCCAGCUCACCUAAACUUAGUAAGCCUGAGAGUAAUUCUAGAGGUAAAAAAUGCUUGAAUCCAAAGAGUCCCAUUUUGAAGUAUUUCAAAGUCACUAAUAGUCCCCAUAAGUGUGAGGGAGCUUGUUCCAAAUAUCAAAAUUGCUCUUCCAAUUUUAACGCAACUGACUUGAGAAGGAAUGAUUAGUCUACAAGGCUGGUUUGAAUAUCAAAAUUGAUAUAAUUGAACUUCACACUUUCUUUUCACAUGAAAUUUUAUAGUGACUGUUACUUCACUUGACAUGGCUUAAAAAUUAUGGAACAAUAACUCGUGAAUUUUGAAAUACCAUUGCUCUAUAUGGAGUAUUCGUGAAUAAGUGCUACAAACUUUAGGAGGUGAUUCUGCAUAGAAAAAUAAUGAUAGUUUGCUAUAUAUCUUUGGUCUGCAAAUGGUUCUUUUUCAGAGAUAGGGGGUGUUAAAGUUUGUCUUGAAAACUGACUAUUAUUCAUUAUUGGCGCCAAACGGGUAUAGAAAAAAAUUGAAUGCCACUAAGAUAUUUCAAACUGAAAAACCUUUUUAAACUCCUCGUUCAUUCUCACUCUAUCUAUAUAUCAAUGUGAUUACUGAAUUUCACACAUAGCUGUAUAUAUCUCUUCUUGAAAAUGUUUCAACUUCUUACCAAUACUUUCAGUAUUGUGAGACCCGAAGAUGCUACUGAAGCACGAAACAUGUGUUGUUUUGUAAACUGCUUUUGAAAAUCUCACAAUAAAGUGUUAUUGAAUUUUGUUACAAUUUGUUGACCAAAAGUAUAAAUGCAAAUGAAAACAUGAACAAAAUUUUAAUUUUUCAAAUUUCACCUAACAGCAUAAACGCCUAAUCAUCUUAUUAUCAUUUCAGUAAAUAUUAGGAAUAAUAAUUUUUCAGCAAAAGGGUUAUUCAAACUUUUCGUCAAGUAAUGUCCACAAAAUCUGUCAACAAACAAUAAAAAUAAUGAAUACAUUUAUUGAGACUACAAAGAGAAACUAUCUCAAUGUUUGAACUGAAUAUUAUUUCCAACUUUCUCAAGCAAGAGAUAGCUUUUGAUAGUUUCAAUCAAUAAUUACUUCAAAUAAAAUACGAAUAAAUAACUGAAAAUAUAUUUUUGAAGUUUCAAAGCAAGACUAAUGAAAAAAUGUUGAAGAAUGAACGUCAAGAAGCUUUUAAAAAAUCCUUGUAAGCUUGUCAAACUAAUCCAUAAUCGAUUUCCCAAGUCAUGUCGAUUUUCAACUAAUAAUUGGAAGUGAAUCCAAUAUUUAAAUGUGAUAAAAAGGGACAUUCUAGUGUUUUACAGCUACAUACUUUUUAUUUAUAAUAAAGCUGUAGUAAGUGUAACCAAGCUUGAAGUUUAGAUGAAUGACAUACCGAUCUAAAUUGGUUGCCAACAAUGUUCUUUUUCCUAAAAACUCGCGAUUUAUUUUAUAAAAUGUAUUUAUUUUUGUUCUGAAUAAGUUAUUGUUUCAUUUUCGUAAACAGAUAUGUAAAUAAGUUUUGUAGAUGAUUGUAAAUAAACUAUUUUCGAAG